GACAGAUCAUGCCAGUGUGUGCUUUACUGUCAUUACAUCGUCAUCUCCUAUUCUAAGAGGCAAACCAUGUCUGGAACAAUGAAAGAAUCUGCCUUCAAGGGAGUGGAUCUCCACCCACAGACCAACAACGUUAACCACCGCACCAGAGAAAUCUCCCUGACUCAGCUGAUAGUGAGGCGGGGCCAGCCCUUCAAACUGACCCUUAAUCUGAGGCAACCUUUCAACCCUUCUGUUCAGCCGCUCUGCAUCUCUGCAGCGACAGGCAAACUUCCGACUGAGAAACAGGGGACGCUAUCAUUCUUCGGUGUCCCAGAUGUCGUCAAACGAUCACCGUUAGCAAAGGCGGUGUGGAAGGUAGAGCUUGACAAGGGUUCCUCCACAACAACAGGCAACCUGAUCCUCACCGUCACCCCCCCGGCUGACACCCCUAUAGGGGAGUACACCAUGACUGUGAAGCACAGAGAUCAGGAAAUGGUUCUGGCAAAGCCUGUGGUACUCUUCAACCCCUGGUGUCCCGAUGACUGGGUGUAUCUGAAGGAUGAGAACGAGAUAAACGAGUAUGUAAUGAAUGAACAAGGAAUUAUCUACAGAGGUAGUAGCAACUACAUCGGUUCUUGUAACUGGGACUUUGGACAGUUUGAAGACGACAUGGUGGACAUUUGUUUGAGGAUGUUGGACCUCAACCCCAAGUACAUGAAAGACCCCGGUGACGAUGUCUCUGCUCGCUGUAACCCCAUCUAUGUCAGCCGCGUGGUCAGCGCCAUGGUCAACUCUCUAGAUGACCGUGGUGUCCUGGAUGGAAACUGGUCAGGUUCAUAUCCAAAUGGCGUCUCACCCUCUCGCUGGACCGGCAGUUACACCAUCCUUAAGCGCUGGUUUGUCACCGGCUCCCAGCCGGUCAAGUACGGGCAGUGCUGGGUGUACGCCGGUGUGAUGUGUUCAGUGAUGCGCCUGCUGGGCUUCCCCUGCCGCGUGGUCACCAACUUCGAGUCAGCCCACGACAACGACAGGAAUCUGACCAUCGACGUGUACCACGCCGACUACGGAGUCAGAGAGAAACAAACCCAAGACAGUGUUUGGAACUUUCACGUGUGGGUGGAGGCGUGGAUGAGGCGGCCAGACCUGGCAAAAGAUGGCAAAUAUGACGGUUGGCAAGUUCUGGAUCCAACACCACAGGAGAAGAGCCAAGGUGUUUACUGCUGCGGUCCAGCCCCCGUCGUAGCCAUCCUGAACGGAGAAACAGACCUCAAAUAUGACACCCCAUUUGUCUUUGCUGAGGUCAAUGCCGACUGCAUUGACUGGCUGGUGAAAGCUGACGGUUCAAAAGUGAAUAUCUUCUCUGACACAGCGAGAGUCGGUCAGAAUAUCUCUACCAAGUCUGUCGGCUCUAAUAAGAGGAUGAACAUCACCGACAGCUACAAAUACAGAGAGGGAACAGAGAAGGAGAGGUCUGUCUUUCACUACGCCACCACCAGAGACCUCUCUAAGGCUGAUGUGAUUGAAGAGAAGGGGAGAGGAAGUCCGGAUGUAGUAACCCCAGUCAUCCCCCCUCAACCUCCGUCACAGCCAAUGUCCAUGUAUUUUGAAGAGGUGACCCCACCAAAGUACUGUGAGGAUGUGAGAUUGAUGCUGGUGCUGCAGAGUAAGAGCAGUGCUGCCAUGCCCCUGUCCAUCAACAUCAGCGUCCAAGCCAUGAGGUACAACGGCGCACCAGCUGGGACCAUCCAGACCGAGGUGAAGGAGGAGACACUGCAGCCUGGGAAAGAGCUCUCUGUCCCUAUCCAGGUCCCGUUCUCGGCCUACUAUAAACCCAUGAUGGAGUGUGACAUCAUGAAGGUUUCAGCCUUGGUCGCGGGCAAAGAGAAGCCCGAUAACACAUACCUGGCUGUGCAUGACGUCGUGCUGCUUGACCCUCCUAUCACCAUCACGGUUUCUGGUACAACCAGACUGAACAGAGAGGCAGAAGGGGAGGUGGUUUUCAUGAACCCGGUCACCGAGACGCUGAAGGAGUGUACUCUGACUAUCUCUGGAAGUGGCCUGUUGAAAGAGGACAUUGAAGUCAAGAUUCCAGAUUUGAAGAAAAACAACCGAAUAUGUGUCAAGUUCCCCUUUGUUCCCUACAAGCCCGGUAAGAAGACUCUCGUGGCCAACUUUGACUGCUCCACCUUCAGAGACAUCAAGGGCAGCUGCACUGUCGAUGUAAAGCUGUAAAUUCUCUGUAUCGCUGAGUAAGAGUCACACACGUUAUAGGUUCAAGUUCGUAUCUUGCUAUCCAUAUAUAUAUAUAUAUACAUAUACAUAUCUAUAUACAUGGAAGAGCAAGUUAUAAAGGAUCUAUUUUGCCACUUGCUCUUAAAAGACAUCAAAUGCUACAUUCUACAAUGUUACAUCCAAUUUGAGACCUACACACAAGGCAUUGAAUACCAGCUUUUGAAAGCCGCAAACAUACCGGUAGGCCUACAUACUGUACCGACUCCACACACUGGCCCCUGGAAACGUCCCUGGUAUGAUUUUAUAUUGUUGGGAUAAUCCUGAAAUGUCAGAAAGUCAAAACAUGUGAUUUCCUGGAAAUGCUAAUUCAUCAAGUUUAUUCAAUUAUAUUUGAUCAGACAUGCAUGUCUUGUUUGAGAUAAAAUCACAGUCAUGCUCUAAGUAGUUCAACUAUUGUCAAUUCAUGUCAUUGUCAAGAUCCCUGUUUGAACUUGUGUACUUACAAAAAAAAAGAAGGAAAAAAAUGUAUUAUAUUGCUUAAUAAUAAGAAAACACUGCUCCCACACGGCACAAAGGCAGCAAUGGGAGGCAGUGGCACUGGCCCCGCCCAGCCAAGUUUGAUCAAAAUAUUUUUUUUUAUCAAUAAAUAUUAAAAACAAUAUAAA